GGAAGCUCUGAACAACUCACUGAAACUCACCAGUGAAAUUAACAAAUUAACAAAUUAAAGAAAUUCAACCUUGAAUCAACUUUCUGAACUUCUUGAACUUUUUGAUUCAUUCAUCUCUUUGUUUUGAUAACCUGCGAAAAUAAACAUCUUUUAAUCCGUUUAAUCUGUUCACUUUCUAAACUUAAAUAGCUUCUCACAGAUGGAUUCGGUUCGAGUUAAUUGGCCAAGAUGACCACCCAGCUUCUUUCUACAGAAUUAGCCAAUCUCAUACAGGAGAGUAAACGGAAACACAAUGAUCUUAGACAGGCAGCCGAGAAGUCUUUGGAGGAGUUAAGGAGUAUCCGUGCUGCUAACGAAGCACAACUUGCCGCCGAACUCUCUCAAAAAGUCAACUUCGUCAACCCUUUUGUGAUAGCAUGCGGAACCAGGAAUACCAAAUUUACCGGAAUAGCCAUCGUCUGCUUGUCACGCCUCAUUCUUGUGAGGGCUCUCCCACGGUCCAAGUUGAGCCCCGUCCUAGAAGCAUUGCGCGAGGCAACCUCGGCUGGUCUAGAUGUUCAGCUUAAGAUUUUGCAGGCCUUACCUAGCUUGCUUCAAAAUUAUUCUAAGGAAGUUCAAGGCGACCUCUUAGUGACCGCCCUGAAUAUUUGCUUCAUCCUUCAGACUACCAAGAAUGGGAUCGUCAACAACACAUCUGCUGCCACUCUUCAGCAGCUGGUCAUGACUGUUUUCGAAAAAGUGGUGGCCGAGGAUAAAUUGGAACCUGACGGAGAUUUUGUUGGGUAUGCUCCUACUAGCGAUGACGAAGUUCAGCUUCGUGAAGCGUCCAUGGAUGCUUACCGUAUCUUCAAAGACAUCUGCCUAUUGACAGAGAACCAGCGGCCAGAGUAUUUACGGUUUACUGGACUUCCUCAGACCUUUGGCUUAGAAUUGAUAGAGUCUGUCUUGAGCCAACAUGCUUCCGUUUUCACCAAACCCCAGCAUCCGGAGCAAGCUCAUAUACUCCGGACAAGAGUGAUGCCUUUUAUCAUCUCAGCAUUAUCUGGGAGGCCAAAUUUUGCGACCUCUGUUCGCCUCGUACGUAUCCUUUACACGCUUCUGAGGAAACAUCUGGAUAUACUACCCUCGGAAGGUGGCGAGGCUCUUGAUGCCCUAACGCAGUUGCUCGACCAAGAUACGGCUGUCUGGAGGAGAGCAUUAUGCAUGGAAGUGUUUCGUGGUAUAUUUUCCGAACCGCCUCUUCUAAGACGCAUUUUUGCCCUCUAUGAUUCUAAAGAGGGAGAGAAGGACAUUCUCAAAAGCUUGAUGGCUACGUUUGUUAGAGUAAGCACGGAGAAACCAGUGGUCAUUGGUUUAGGCCACCAGUCUACUCUUCCCGUGGCCAAUCCAUAUGCCAAUGUUGGAGGUUCUUCGGAUCACGCAAUGCUAGAAGCUAGUGGAGUCACCGGAAUAAUCAGCGGCUCUGUUGGCGAGGGCCAUAACACUGGCAUUAGCACUCAAUGGAGCACGGUUAGGGUGGCUUGCAUAGACCAUCUCGACAAGACCGAACCGCCACCGAUUCCGGAGUCGUAUAUUUAUGCAUUGACUUUGUCCUGUAUUACUUCAUUGUCCGAAGGGUUAGCGAAGUUUAUCUUGCCGUUAACAGUUCCUCCUGAUAAUAGAGCUCGCAAGCGCACCGCAAAGCAGUCGGAAAUGGGAAGGCAAUCGCCGGCUCCUAUAGAGGAGGAAAACAAUGGGCCAAGAUUGGCGAUAGAGAGGACCUCCACAAUGACCUCAAUUGAGAGAUCUGGAUCAUUCAAGAAGAACCCAGUACCUCUCAACCCCUUGGAUAUCAAAGACCACCCUUUGCAUGCCGAGGUAUACCUCUGCGCUGGUAUCAUUGACGAGUGUUGGCCAGCUAUUCUUGCAACAUGCUCUACCUUCCUAUAUGCAGCCCUCGACUCAGAGUACUACCAUGGCCUCGUCCGAGCAUUUCAAAAAUUCACGCACGUUGCAGGCCUACUCCGCCUAAAAACCCCAAGAGAUGCUUUCCUCACCACCCUUGGAAAAGCAGCUGUACCACCGAAUGUAUUCUCUGCGUGUCUCAGUACCGGCCCGUCCAAGUCAAUGGCUGCUAGCCCUGCUAUGGAAACACCAAACAGUAUUCUGAGUAACGCUAGAGGCCUCUUGAGUGUUGAUAAUCUCGUGACUCCAGUCGGCGCCGCCGGGGAAAGGCAGAGACAGGCCUCUGUGGAAGCAAACACCGUGCCACAAACAUUGAAUACUCGAAACCUUCUAUGUCUGCGGGCACUUUUGAAUCUAGGUAUUGCUCUUGGGCCUACGCUUGGACCAUCUUGGUCGAUUGUUCUCGAAACGCUUCAGCAAGCAGACUUUGUUCUAUUUAUGACUGGAAAGGCCCCCGGGAGAACACCAAUCGCCGGAAAGGAUUCAGAUCCACGAGCAGAGAGCGAAGCCGCUUCGCUCCUGGCCAACUUCAAUACCGAAGUAAGAGCUGUUGAAACUGCUGCAUCUAGACUCUUUGAAAGUUCUGUUGAUUUCCCAAAUGAGGCUUUUGUGGAGGUUGUUGAUGCACUCUGUGGUUUGCUAGACCAGCAAACUGAGUCUGCCUCCGAGCCACCAAGCCGACCUCAAUCAUCAUCUUCUCCGACAUCGCCAACAAUUGGUCUUCGGUCACCGAGUGGCCAAUCUCGGAGACCCCUCAGUGUGAUUACUUCCGUGGCUACUGGGUCAAGCCAAGAGGAUCAGUUUGCUCUCGCCAAAAUUGGCGAAAUCGCGAGUAUCAAUAUCGAGAGACUCCUAGGGUUUCCAGCAGAUGUUUCGGGCUGGACACGUAUCACUUCUGAACUAAUUACCACGUUAGGCUCUGUCCCCUUACCAGCGCAAAUUCGUACCCGCGCAGCGGAUAUUCUAGUCCAUCUCAUGUUAGAUGCUGCCAAAGAGGUUGCUAAUCUCGACGAUGAGACCCGUAGUAAGGUUCAACUUCGUCUAUUGGAAGCUCUCCGAGACUCUCUACUCCCAUUGCAGAUGGAGAAUCGAGCGGCCUCCGUAGCCACUCAUUCGACAGAUGUUGAUAUCCAUAGAAUUAUUCUUGAAGGCCUUAAAAGUCUACUUGAUGAUUGUGGUGAUGCGCUGCUCAAUGGAUGGGAGAUCACAUUUGAGGUCAUAGGUAGUAUAUUCGUUCAACGAUUUGAUGACAAUGGCGUGCGAGACGUUGCUGGACAAUCACUAGCCCUCACAACACGUUCUAGCAAACUCAUCAGGUCUGCUUUCAGCUCUUUACAAUUAAUCUGCUCUGACUUCCUCGGGUCAUUGCCUAAAUCAUGCUUUUUAAUUCUCGUUGAUACCCUGUACAAAUUCUGCUCACAAGACGAUGAUCUAAACAUUGCACUAACGACUGUCACGUUCUUCUGGGUUCUUUCUGAUUUCUUAUCUGGAAGAAGCAAGUUAUUGCCGAUUACCGAUAGCCUUGUUGACGAUCCCAAUGGAGUUUCAUUGGUAGAGAAGGCAUCUAAUGAUGAGGAUGCGUCCUCGGAUGCAGCGUUGUGGAUGCUUCUUUUACUAAGAUUGACCACCGUAACCACCGAUGAAAGGCUUGACCUCAGGAACAGUGCAAUACAAACGUUAUUACGAAUAUUUGAUGCGUAUGGAGAUAGGCUUGGCUCUGAAGCAUGGUCUGUCUGCAUCAAGUCGGUUAUCUUCAAACUUCUUGCUUCCUUAGAGCAGGAACUUGAAGACAUCCGUAAACCAGAGCAUGACGAUAAAGCUCGACAAGACUGGCAUGAUACAGCCGUCUUGGUGCUCAAUGGCAUAUCUAGUCUUCUUGCAAAUUAUCUUGAUGUGCUUACCGUCCACCCGACCUUUAAAUCAUACUGGCAACAACUCCUGGUUCAUUUUGCUAAUCUACUGGACUUCCAAGUCCUUGAGAUUAGCACGGCAACUUUUAAGGGGUUGACGCAGAUGCUUUCGCAGAGCCAAAACGGCACAAAGCAGAACUUCAACAAAAUUACAAUCGAUCUGGCUUGGGACUUGUGGUCUCGCGGCGUCCCAUUUUCGAAGAAUGCUACCACCGGUAGGACAACAGAUAAUCAAAUUUGUCUUCUCGCUUAUGUUGGGGCCCUCCGCGAUGUAUAUCGUCUUAUACAAGUUGAUCUCACUGUCGAUCGCAUUCGCCGAAUGCUAACGUUGUUACGAGAAGUCAUGCAGGUGGCAACCCCUGGGUCAUAUAUAGCUGACAUCGACCACCUCACGCCUUUGCAAGGACAAGUACUUGAAGUGAUAAAAAUGCUUCGAACAGACAUACCUGGGGCACCAUCUGCUUUGAUAUCCCAGGUUUCUGAAUUCAUAUCACUUGCCUUCUUGGAGGAGUACGACAUGUCUAAGCAACGGAACACACAAAAACGCACUUAUGUUGCUAUGUCUAAAUCUAGCAUGGCAAUUUUACAGUCGCUCAUAGUCAGUCAUGCUGCUGAUGCCAAAAUUUAUGGCGACGGCGCAUUCUUGGCUGCUCUCACGGCUUUAUCAAGGCCAAUUGUGCUCAAGUACCGAUUCCCCAUUAUCACCAAGUCAGAACAACCCUGGAAGCAAUCAACGACAUGUUCGUUGGUUAUUUUGGAAGCCACCCUACCACAACUCCAUAAGCUCGAAGUCUCGCGGUCAAGUCUCCAGGAUAUUUGGGAAGUGAUUGUUACCAUCGCCAAUGGUAUCAUUAGUGCAGACUGUGAUGCACCGCCAGACCAGGUGAACAUUCUAGACGACCAAAAUUUCGACAUUUCUUCCUUUUUGAGACUUCGCGAACUCAUCAUUCCAUCAUUAGGCGCGGAAGUCGUAGCAGACAGGACACGAAAGGUAUUCGCAGAAAAUCUAUUUCGGAUGUCCAUUAUCCACAUACCCGCCCCGGCAGAAUCCUCGCUCAUUUAUGGCAACGAUGGGGGUGAUGUGGCUGGGCUGUCUAACCUAUACAAGUCGCGAAAAGGCCGUACUAUAGACCCGCCCCCCGCUAAACGCGAGAAGAUGUGCUAUGUCUGCUUAGAUGAGCUGUUUGCUUUAGUAGCCAGCCAUAACGAGGCAUCAACGCCGAAAAUCACAGUUCAACCGCCGACGCCAGCUUUUCUACCACCAAGAAUGGGGACGACUGGGGCCAUUAAUAUGACACUCGAACCUCCGCACGCUCUCAAUGUGCGACUAGCCCGAACGGCAGCGUCAUACCUCAUCCUACGUGCUGCAUUGACAAUAAGAGCAUAUAUCGCGGACCAGCCACUCCGUGGCCAUAUGCCUCAACCGCUCAGCCAACGGCGCGAGCUAGCGCGGAUACUAGAGAGUCUUAUUGAGCUUAAGAGCGAGCCAGAUGCCAUUCCCGACACGCCCAACGUCGAGAGUGAAAGCCGUAAGCAUCUACUUAGGCUGUAUCCACUAUUAGUGAGUGCCACGCGGGUGGCGGGAACGAGUGGUGAUGAAGGUGUGUUGAGGCAGUUAACGAAGGCAUUGGACGUUGUUGGGUCGGAAUUGGGGAUUUAAUGUUAAGAGGGUUCCAACUUUGUAGUAAUAGUUUAGACGUAGGAAGCCUAGGUUGCUUUGAAUCCAGGAGAUGAUUACGACAUCGUAUACACACGCAUUCACCGUUCAAUCUUCAAUACCUCCUAGCUCUGUAUCCAUCUACUUAGGUAUGGUGAGUAUGUGA